AAUGGCAGAACCUUUAACAAUAAAAUUGUUAGUUGUUGGAGAUGGAUCAGUUGGAAAAACUUGCAUAUUAUUGAGGUAGAUUAGUUUCAAUAGUUAAUCAUUUAUAGUUAUACAACAGAUAAAUUUCCAACCGAUUAUGUACCAACUGUUUUUGAUAACUAUUAAUCAAAAGUUCAAAUUGAUGGGCAUGAUGUUAAUUUAAGUUUAUGGUAUGAUAAUAUUAAAUUAGGGAUACGGCUGGAUAGGAAGGAUAUAAUCAAGUUCGAUAAUUAAGUUAUGAUGGAACUGAUGUCUUUUUAAUUGUUUAUUCAGUAACUGAGAACACAACUUUUUAGAAUGCACUCGAGAAAGUAAAUAUUAAACCUAGAUUAUAGUGGUAUCCUGAAUUGAACAAAGAUAAAUUUGCCUAAGUUCCAAAGUUAAUAGUAGGAAAUAAAAUUGAUAUGAGAGAUGAAGGUAAUUCAAGACAUAUUAAGAAAUCAGCUGUAAUUAAAUAUUUAUUAAAAUAAAGGCUGAAUAAUUAGUAAAGAAUAUCAAUGCUUAAUUAUUUGAAGUCUCAGCAUUAACAUAGGAAGGAUUAAAACCACUAUUUGAUACAGCAAUAAAAAUUGCUUAUGAUAAAAAGUAGAAAGAAAUCAUGGAUUCUAAAAAAUCACAAUAGCCAGCUUAAACAAAUGCUUGUUGCUAAUUGAUAUGA